AUGCCUAGAUCAUAUCGUCCGGACGCGCUCCCCUCGGGGUCGCCCCGAGGCUACUCGUCCAGAUCAUAUGACUACGUCUACCCCGAAAGGCGGUACCGGUCAUCCUCCCGGCCGCCGUACUCACCGUCUGCGUCUGCGUCUGCAUCCUAUUCGUACAGGGUGGUCUACGCAUCGCAGGGCAGUAGCCGUGGCACACCGCACGCAUCCCGAGGUAGGUCGUCCUACACCGCUCGCGAGGUAGCUGACGACUGGGAGUACUUGUAUAGUCGUCGCGAGCGCCGCGGCGGGGAUGGAGACGCCGGGGCAUACGUGCGGCCGUCUCUCGUCCCACGACAUGGCCCAUCUUCGACGUCGGAGUACUACGCCGACUCGGAAGGAUCGGGAUCCUAUUCCUGGAGCAGCCAGGACGAGGACAAGUCACCGCCCCCUCGUUACGGCGGGUACUCGCCCACCACGUCUUCCUUUCCUUGGCCUUCUCGCCGCGGUCACAAGCAUAGCUACGACGAGCGAGACCCUGCGCCGCCGAAACGGGCCGGCCACCAGAAACACAAAUCCGGCACACGCAGCUCUGGGCAAGAGGUCCCAAAAAGGUCGAGUAGCCGUCGGCGGCCUGCAGGAUCGAGAGGGUCACCUGACUUGAUGGAGGAGGAGAUGGAGCGUCUACGGCGGAGGCUGGACCUCCUGGAACGGGACGAGGAGCAAAGACCGAGGCGCCAACGACGUCGAGAACGCGAUACGGAAUCCGCGUAUGGGAGAGGCGGGACCAUGCGGGAGGUGAAGCCAUGGGAGAGGCCCAAAUACGAGUGGCAGUACUCCUACACAGAGGGUCCAGAUGGGGAGAGGCUGGACUAG